AUGAAGGAAAUAAAUAAAUCGGCCUUGCUGGGUGAUCAAUAUAUCCAACUGAGCGAUCUGAAUGAUGGCAGUCCUGCUCCAGCUCCACCUCCGCCUCCACCACCUCCUCCAGCGCAACAAUCGGUUCCCCUGGCCCCGCCAGCAGCUGUACAAUCAGUCAGUAUAAAACAGGAAAAUGCACCACUGCUCGGUUCAGAUUCGGGAACCGAGCGACAGAUGAAUCCGUCAGAUCCGGGAAAAUCGGAAAAUUCGAAUCGUCCAGGAGCAAGUUCAAUUCCGGCAAAAAGUGGCACAGGAGUGCUACGGAUUUGCAUGAUAAUUAAUGCCAUCGUCAUAAUUCUAUUAGUCCCAUUUUGGGUAUUAAUAAUCCUUUGCGGCCUUCAAUUCAUAACCAUCGAUUUUAUGGAAAAUCUGAUGAACUCGAUCGGCGGCCUUAUUUGA